GGGUAAGACGGAGCGGCGACGCGCGCCCCGAAUAUACCGUUUCGCGUUAUUAAAAACAUAACAGGUCGGCAUCUGUUCAGAGACAGAGAGGCAAAGAAAUUAGGCAGGUCUGCCUAAAGAAAACGGCGUCUAAUCUGAUUCUAAACAUGCCUUCGGAAAAGACGUUUAAACAAAGGAGGACGUUUGAGCAGCGGGUGGAGGAUGUACGGCUGAUCCGGGAACAGCAUCCAAGCAAGAUCCCAGUCAUCAUCGAGAGAUACAAGGGAGAAAAGCAAUUGCCAAUUCUUGAUAAAACUAAGUUUUUAGUUCCCGACCACGUAAACAUGAGCGAACUUAUUAAGAUCAUCAGGAGACGCCUGCAGCUCAACUCCAACCAGGCUUUCUUCCUCCUCGUCAAUGGUCACAGCAUGGUAUCUGUGUCCACCGCGAUUUCUGAGGUCUACGAACGCGAGAGAGACGAGGACGGCUUCCUGUACAUGGUCUACGCUUCCCAGGAGACAUUUGGAACUGCAUGUCCCCAGUAAAAAAAAAAAUGGCAAAACGAUUGGCUUUCACUCUCGGACAUUGAUACAACCUACCCUGAACUCUUGUGACCUCUCCCUUGCAAAUAUCCCUAUUCCAUUUCCCAUCCCUAUCCAAACCGGAACCAACUGAACUUUCAGUCAUUUGGCUCACCGAUCCCAGCCAUUAUCCAAAGCUAAAUCCUAACUUCCCACAUCUCAGCCCUUUAACCUCAGCUCCCUCUAAAUAAUUAGAGUUUUAAUAAAGGACGUUACAGGUUGCAGGACAGGUUAUAGUUAUUUGGACUAAUGAUUCUAGAUAUACUCAACAUAAAGCUUGAAGGAAAGACUUCUGGGUGUAGAGAUGGAAACGUCUCAAUUUCUUAGUGGUUGAAUUUCCGAAAUGUCAUUUAGUGAAACGUUAGGCGGCCAAAUAGAGGUAAUCCGUCAGGUUGGUUUUAGCUUGGAGGGGUCGCGUUGCCGCCAAUGCACUCUGGUGACCUUUAACCCCUCCCGCUGUUCGUCAAAUCUCUUUAUUUGUCGAGUCGACAGCCUUUCCUCACCUGUAGGUGACUAACUGUUUUCCGCUGUUCCACUUUCCUAUUAGAAGCAAUUCUGUCUUUUUACCUCCCCCCCCUCAAGCUUUUUCCUAAUUGGAUCAUGAGCGUUGAGGUUCUCGGAUUUCACAAGUCAAGGUUCAAACAAUGUCCUACUUGCCUUGAUGAAAUCUGAAGUAUGAGGAAAUAAACAGUAAGCGAUUUAUAAUACAAGAAAUUCUGCUUUGAUUGUAGUGUGAAGCUUUAAAAAGGAAGGAAAAUGUAAUUAUAUUCAAAUGGUACAUGGAGCGAAUGAAUGUGGCUUUUAGAGAUUUUGGCCCAAGUUUGACGGGGCAGCUCAACCACGGACAUGAACGCUGCCCGAACGUCCUUGCUCUUUUAGGUGCACGCUUUUAGACUUUUCAAUUUCAUUAGAGGAUUAUUUAUGCCUUUAUAAAUACAUAACCAUGAGCUGUUGUACUCUUUCCAUCUGUAUGUCUUACAGUAAACUGUACAGAUAAGCUUAGAUGCCUUUUCUCCCGAGCAUUUAAUUGCCGUUUGUCUUGCUCUUAUUUAAAGAGAUGUUAUUUUUUGUUGUUUUGUUCUUGUAAAAAAAACAAUUCAUAUGUGCUACUAUUGUGCAAUUUACAAAAGUGACUGUUUUGUUUGAAUGAGAGUUUAACUUUAAAGGAUUAUCAGCCCAUUAUCGAACUAAGCUCAUUUAUGUAUUUCUCCUGCUCAGAUUUACAGCAAUAUCACACUUCUAUUUCUGUCGAUAUUUUAAAAAUAAAAGAGAAAUAUGCA